AUGGCCGUGUACCCAGCGACCCCUCCCAGCCUCGUUCUCGACGUCGCGGACGAGCACACCGUCGGCGGCGGACAUUUCGGCUCCGAACGGGCGGUCCUGGACAACGAGGAAGAGAUCUGCAAGGUGUACGCUGCCUCGGCCGAGGAUGUCGACAAGGCUGUCUCAGCGGCGAGGGCUGCUUUCGUUCAUCCCUCGUGGAAACGCAUUUCGGGGACGGAGCGCGGCUACAUGAUGAUGAAGCUCGCCGACUUGGUUGAUGCGAACCUGGAGACCCUGGCCACCAUCGAGACGCUCGACAACGGGAAGCCGUACUCUGUCUGUCGCGAUGUCGAUGUCCCGCACUUUUCCGAGGUGCUGAGAUACUACGCAGGCUGGGCCGACAAGCUCCACGGCCAGACGAUGGACGUCGGCCCGGAUAAGCUGGCUUACACCAUCAAGGAGCCGUUGGGGGUCUGCGGGCAGAUUAUCCCCUGGAACUACCCCCUCGACAUGGCGGCCUGGAAGCUGGGCCCUGCGCUCGCUUGCGGGAACACGGUCGUGCUGAAGCUGGCGGAGCAGACGCCCUUGUCGAUGCUGUAUGUCGCGCAGCUGGUCCGAGAGGCGGGGUUCCCGCCAGGAGUGGUCAACAUCAUUAACGGGUACGGGCGUGACGCUGGAGCUGCGCUAACUGGCCAUCCCGGCGUUGACAAGGUCGCUUUCACAGGAAGUACUGCUACAGGCAGAGAGAUUAUGAAGCUUGCUGCUGGCGGCUUGAAGAACGUCACCCUUGAGACGGGCGGCAAGUCCCCGUUACUCGUCUUUGAGGAUGCUGACCUCGACCAAGCCGCUCGCUGGUCCCACGAGGGGAUCAUGAGCAAUCAGGGGCAAGUCUGCACCGCCACAUCACGCAUUCUCGUGCACGAAGCCAUCUACGAGGCGUUCAUCGAUAAGUUUACGUCAACUGUGCGUAACAUCUCUGUUGUCGGGGAUCCCUUUGAUGAAGCUACUUUCCAGGGCCCGCAGAUUACAAGGGCGCAGUACGAGAGAAUACUGGGAUACGUCCAGGCGGCGAGAGACGAAGGCGCCACGGUCGCCAUGGGAGGAAAGCCAGCGCCGCAGGCAUCGGGCAAGGGGUUCUUCGUCCAGCCGACGGUCUUCACCGACGUCAAGACCUCGAUGACGGUCUAUCAGGAGGAGAUCUUUGGACCGUGUGCCGCGGUAGUCAAGUUCGGCAGCGAGGAGGAGGCGUUGAAGAUGGCAAACGAUACGACAUACGGACUUGGCGCGGCGGUCUUCACGAAGGAUCUGGCGCGGGCGCACCGUAUCGCGCGGGACGUCGAGGCGGGCAUGGUGUGGAUCAACAGCAGCAACGACUCGGACUUCCGCGUGCCCUUUGGGGGCGUGAAGCAGAGCGGCAUCGGGCGCGAGCUUGGGGAGGCCGGGCUGGCGGGGUACUGCAAUGUGAAGGCUGUGCAUGUAAACCUGACGGGGAGGUGA